UUGAGAGAGCGCAUUAAAAAAAAAAACACACACACAACCAGCCACUAACCAGGACUUCCCAGAGUCCAGGGAGAGGGGAGAGCGAGAGUCCUUAGUACCGAUCUCUUAGAGCAUUAAAGACUUUUUUUUUUAAAGGUUGGCUUCUUCCUUUCUUUCAUGCGAAAGCCAUGAGUUCGUACUUUGUCAAUCCUCUUUUCUCCAAGUACAAAGGCGGCGAGUCCCUGGAACCAACUUACUACGACUGCAGAUUUCCACAGAGUGUAAGCAGAAGCCAUGCUCUGGUGUAUGGUCCGGGCACCACGGCUCCCAGCUUCCAACACCCUUCACACCACGUCCAAGAGUUCUUCCACCACGGAACCUCCGGCAUUUCUAACUCGGGAUACCAGCAAAAUCCUUGCGCCCUGGCGUGCCACGGAGACGCGUCUAAAUUCUAUGGAUACGAAGCCCUACCAAGGCAAUCGCUUUAUGGUGCCCAGCAAGAGGCGGCCGUGGUACAAUAUCCUGACUGUAAAUCCUCUUCCAACAGUAACUCUAGCGAGGGACAAGGGCAUUUAAAUCAAAAUUCUUCACCCAGUCUCAUGUUCCCCUGGAUGCGACCGCACGCUCCCGGAAGGCGCAGCGGCAGGCAGACUUACAGCCGGUAUCAAACCCUGGAGCUAGAAAAAGAGUUCCUCUUCAACCCCUAUUUGACUCGAAAGCGGCGGAUUGAGGUCUCUCACGCCCUGGGACUGACCGAGAGGCAGGUCAAGAUAUGGUUCCAGAACAGAAGGAUGAAAUGGAAGAAAGAGAACAACAAGGAUAAACUCCCCGGGGCCAGGGACGAGGAGAAAGCGGAGGAGGAAGCCAACGAGGAAGAGGAGAAAGAAGAAGAGGAGAAAGAAGAAAGCAAGGAGUGAUCUCGCGCAGCUCCUUGAAGUCCUCGUUUUAUGGCAGAUGAUAAAUCGAGAUGUUUACGACGGUCAUUCGCUUUUAUAGAGUAUAGAAUGGAGAGACUCACACAACAGUAACUACCUGUCAAACAGUUGUAGCCCCCCUUUUUAUUGUCAUAGAACUUCCCCUAGGUUUUCCCCCUUCCUUAUAGCAGCAAUUCCCCCCCCUCUCUUUGGCUUUCAAUAAAAUAAAUAUAGAGCUGGGUUGACUACGACCCAUAUCUAUCUGCAAAGAAAUGGACCUCGCCAUAACUACCACCAGCAGCGACCCCACCCCUUUUCACUCCUUGCUCUAUUCUAACUAGAAACAACAACCCCUCUUAUGUAUUUCUUUCGACGUAGGACGGUUUCUCCUCCACCUUGUGUGCUCUCCAAGUUUAAUCAUGGAAGGGGGGGAAGAGUGAGGGUAGGAGAGAGCCGCAAUGCUUUAUGCUUAGUCUUAAAAACCUAUCUACCUAUGUAUUCUUCCACGUUAAAGUCCGUUUAUGGUUUUAACUUUUCGCUCUCAGCCUGUUCUUACUAAAGGACAAUUUGGGGGUGGGUGGGAAAUGGAGGCUUGACGUGUGCCUGAGGACAGAUUCUCUUGCUUACUAGUUAUCUAUGAAUAUAUCUGUAUGUAAAGUCUACCUAUAUAUGCCCUGUUAUUUGGCAGCCGAAGGCUGAAGACCUAUGCAUCUUAACCUGGAAGCAAAUCCCACCCAAAUCCAGGGGGGCUUACUUUUGAGUCAAUGUGCAUAGUUGUGAAGGACAUGGAAACAUAGAAUGAUUGAUAUGGAUGUUGUUUACUAUGGGACUUGUGUGAGCACUCGAAAUUCUUAACAUACUACCUAAUGGGAAACCUGCAAUAAUAUUCUGUUAGCAACAAGGUGGGGGGCUUACACAGACGGAGGAGAAAUAAGUAAAUAAAUAAAUAAACAUGGUUAAAAAAAAUCAUUUUUAAAAAGAAGAGUUGUGUAUUGCCCUAAUGCAAGCUACUAAGUAGCAGAAAUUAAUAAGAAUAAUAAGUAAUAAAAAAAGAAUAAAAAACACAUUGUAAUGUAUCUUAUCACUACCUAUAGAAGGAGUCAUGCUUCGAAAGUAUUUGUAUCGCGGUUUUGUUGUCCUAAGUUGCUGCUUAUUUUUCUUGGGAAAAAAAAUAAAUUUAAUUCCCAACAACUGAAACUGCCUAGAUAAGAACGCACAGUAUUGUAUUAUUUUAUUGUGCUUAUAAUGUAGUUUAGGACUUAAAUUGCACUGAAUGUAUAGUUAUCUAUUUGUCUUGACUUAUCUGUUAAUGCAACAUGCUCGAAUUACAAAAAAAAAUGUCAUUUGUUUUAUGUAAACCAUAGUUCUCUGCGUGUUCAAAACUCUGAAUGUAGCAAUUUCUGCCAGAAUACCAAUUCUGGCAACCGUGGAUUUGUAUUGUAUACGUGAGACAUUACGUAAAUAAACA